AUGAAUUUCGAUAGGUUUAAUCCUUUAUCGAAUUAUUUAUAUCAUCCUAAUAAUAAUUCACCAUUGAGAUCAACAACAAGACAGGGUUCAGAAGUGCCGAUACAACUGAUACAUACUGAAGUUGUUGAUGAUGAUCAUGAUGUUGGAGGUGAAAUGAGUGAUUGGGGGAUUGAAGAAUCAACUCAAACAAAAGUUAAUAAUAAUAAUAAUAAUAGUAAUAGUAAUAAUAACCUAAGUGGUGGUAAUGGAUUAUUAUCAUCACCUUCAAUUAAAUCAAAUUCUACAACUACAACAUCAAAUCAAACAAAUUAUAAUAAAAAUGCAAUUCAUAAUCAAUUAAUUGAUGAUUUUUUCCCUUUACCUCCUGCUCCUCCACAACCAUCAUAUAUACAUCAACAACAUCAACAACAUCAACAACAUCAUCAACAACCACAACAACAACAACAAAAUCAUUAUAUUAAUCAUCCAUUACGUAAAUUAAGUACUACCCUGCUGCAACCAAUAACACCCAAAGAAACAAUUGAAUUUGAUUUUAAAUAUUAUUAUGAUUCAUUAAUUAAUAAUCAAAUAUCAUUUAAUACAGAAAAUUUUAGUAAAUUUAUUAAACGAUAUUUAUCAUUAGAAAAUAAAUUAAAUGAAUUUUGGGAAAAAUUUCAAUAUAAUUUAGUUUUAUCAAAUAAUUUAUUAAAAGAUUCAAUGAUAUUAUCAAUUAAAAAUGAUAUUAAUAAUGGUAAGGAUAGUAAGGAUAAUAAUAAUAAUAGUAAGGAUAAUAAUAGUAACAAUAAUUUAUCAGAAAAUAAUGAUCAUUCAAUAAAUAAUAAUAAAUUUAAAAAUGAUGAUGAUAAUUAUGAUGAUAAUUAUGAUUAUGAUUAUGAUUCAUUUAUUUAUUCAAUUAAUAAUGAUGGAACUAUAUUAAAAAUUUUAAAUCGUCAAUAUGAAUUAAAUUAUAAUUAUAAUUAUAAUAAUAUGAAAAUCAUUAUAUUAAUAAUAUUAAUGAUAAUUUAUUUAUUAAAACAACAACAAUUAUUGAAAUAUAAUAGUAAUAAUAAUAGUAAUGGUUAUGGUUAUGGAUAUAGUCAUGGUUAUGGUCAUGGUCAUGGAUUAUCAAUGAAAAUUCAAUUUAAAUUAUUUAAAAUUAUAAUUUAUAUAUCUAUGAAAUUAAUCAAAGUGAAAAAAUUUAAAUUAAUAAUUGAAUCAAAUCAAAUUUUAUUAAAUUUACAAAAAUUUUUAAUAAUGAAUUAUAAAAUUAAUCAAAAAUUAAUUAAUCUAAAAGAAUAUGGUGAACAAUUUCAAGGUAAUAAUAAUAUUGAUCAUAUUGAUCAUGUUGAUCAUAAUGAAGAAUUUGAAAAAUUGAAACAAUAUUUAUAUCAUAUUUUACUGUUAUUGAAUUUAAAUUUACAAAAUUCUAUAAUUAAAUUAUUACCAUUUAUGAAUGGAGAAUUAUUAGAACAAUAUUGUUUAAUGAAUAAUAUUAAAUUGGAUAUAUUAAAUCAAGAGAAUGAAUCAUUUACUACUAGCCAUAAUGGUUAUGGAAAAAAUUUGGAUUUCAAAUCCAAAUCCAAAUCUUUAUCAUCUUCAUCUUUAUCAUUAGAAAAUAUUAAUUAUUAUUUUAAUAAAUUUGAUAAUUUAAGAAAAUUAUUUAUUUGUCAAUUAUUAAUAAUUAAUCAUCAUCAACCUUGCAAAUUCAAUUUUUUUUUAUAUAAAUUAAUGGAUCAAUUUAAUAUUAAUGAUAAAAAUUUUAAUUUAAUAAAUUUUAAUUCUUCAAAAUUAAAAAUUAUUCAUAAUUUAUUAAUUGAUCAUAAUUUAAUUUUAUCAAAUAUUAAUGGAUUAUUUGAAAAAUUUGAAUUUGUCAAUCAAUUAAAAUUAAAUAACAAAAAUAAAAAUAAAAAUAAAAAUAAAACCACCACCACCACCACCACCACCGUCGUCACGGAUACCACUACAAAUGUAUUAAACAAUUCAUUCAUGUCCAAACCAACAUCAUCAUUAUUAUUACCACCACCACCACUGCUGCUGCUGCUGCUGCUGCUGCUGAUACAUUUAGAUGAUUUAAUUAAUAAAUUAUCAAAUUUAACAAUUAAUUUAAAAUAUUUUCAAAAAUAUAAUAAUUCAAUUAAAAAUUUCCAUAAUAUUGAUGAACAUCAAGAUAAAUUAUUAAUUUUUAAUCAAUUUAAACAAGAUUUAAAUAAUAUUAAAUCAUUAUAUAAAUUAUGUUUAAAUGAUUUAUAUCAAGAAUCUUCUAACAAUUCACAACAAUAUUCCAUUCCUCCACAACUACAAGUACAACCACAAUCACCAACAACAACAAGUACAACAACAACAAGUACAACUACAAUAUCAAGUCCAACAAAUAGUAAUGGGAAUCGAUUUAGUUUAAAAGAAUUUUCAAUAAUAAAAAAACGAUCUUCAAUAACAACUCCAACAACAAAUACAAAUACAAAUACAAGUACAAGUAAUGGUAGUGGUAAUGGUAAUGGUAAUGGUAAUAUUAAUCAUAUUAAUUCUAAAAGAUUUUCUGGUGCAUUUACAGUUAUUCAACCUAAUAGAUUUUCUCUGAUUACUAAUAUAUCAGAAAUUGAAGAUUUUAAUAUAUAG